AGUUACCAGCAGAAGAAGGGAAAUCUUUGAUGGAGCUUGUCCUUGAACAAUUUGAAGAUUUAUUGGUUCGAAUUCUUCUGCUGGCCGCGUGUAUAUCUUUUGUGCUGGCGUGGUUCGAGGAGGGCGAGGAAACGAUCACAGCCUUUGUGGAGCCGUUUGUGAUUUUACUGAUUCUUAUCGCCAACGCCAUCGUCGGGGUGUGGCAGGAACGUAACGCUGAGGAUGCCAUCGAGGCGCUGAAGGAGUACGAGCCGGAGAUGGGGAAAGUGUACCGUCAGGACAGGAAGACGGUACAGAGGAUCAAAGCUCGGGACAUCGUGCCCGGAGACAUCGUGGAGAUCGCAGUUGGAGACAAGGUUCCCGCUGACAUCCGGAUCUGUUCCAUCAUAUCCACGACUCUGAGGGUCGACCAGUCCAUCCUCACCGGUGAGUCCGUGUCCGUCAUCAAACACACGGACCCCGUGCCGGACCCCCGAGCCGUCAACCAGGACAAGAAGAACAUGAUGUUCUCCGGCACCAACAUCGCGGCCGGGAAGGCGGUCGGCGUCGCCGUGGCUACGGGCGUGAACACGGAGAUCGGGAAGAUCCGUGAUGAGAUGGCGGCGACGGAGCAGGAGAAGACGCCGCUGCAGCAGAAACUGGACGAGUUCGGGGAGCAGCUCUCCAAAGUCAUCUCUCUGAUCUGCAUCGCCGUGUGGAUGAUCAACAUCGGACACUUCAACGACCCGGUGCACGGCGGCUCCUGGAUCCGAGGCGCCGUUUAUUACUUCAAGAUCGCCGUGGCGUUGGCCGUGGCCGCCAUUCCCGAAGGUUUGCCCGCCGUCAUCACCACCUGCCUGGCGUUAGGGACGCGCCGCAUGGCCAAGAAGAACGCCAUCGUCAGGAGCCUGCCCUCCGUGGAGACGCUCGGGUGCACCUCGGUCAUCUGCUCCGACAAAACAGGGACGCUCACCACCAACCAGAUGUCCGUGUGCAGGAUGUUCGUUGUGAACAAAGUUGCAGGAGACAGCUGUGAUCUGUCAGAGUUCACCAUCACAGGGUCUACGUACGCUCCUGAGGGACAAGUGUUCCAUAAUGAUAAACCAGUGAAGUCCUCCCAGUACGACGCUCUGGUUGAACUGGCCACCAUCUGCGCUCUGUGCAACGACUCCUCGCUGGACUUCAACGAGACGAAGGGUGUGUAUGAGAAGGUGGGCGAGUCCACGGAGACGGCGCUCACCUGUUUGGUGGAGAAGAUGAACGCC